GAUGGGAUCCCCCGGUGUUCAUACAUAAUUCCAAACAACAUAGCGGUUAGGCAGGUAAUGGGUGUCAACGACAGCCUAGGCUAGGCUACUUUGUAACCAUUACGUUACCACACGAAACAAUCCUCUAGGUGUAGCCCGCCUCUGCGCGUCACGCUCUGAACGCAUUUUAUGAGACCUCCAGAGUAGGCUAUCCCGUCCUGUCCUCGUCGCUCCGCUGGAAACAAAGACAAACUUAAUUGGAAGGUUUGGACAAAUAAGCGGCUUGUUCUUACUCCUUCGAAAUGUUCACUCGCGGAUCCAAAAAGCGACGCUCCAAUCGUAUGGAGGAGAUUGAGGAUCCUGAUCGGGGGCAGCCAUGUAUGCGCUGUGGAGACCAAUGUCCGGGACUCCGAAUGCAUGGAUGGAGGAAGAUCUGUAUCCACUGUAAGUGUGUACGUGAGGAACAUGCAGUGCGCUCGGUACCGGGUCAGCUGGAAAGGAUGAUGAUGAAGCUCGUGUCCGACUUCCAGCGCCACUCCAUCUCCGACGACGACUCAGGCUGCGCCUCCGAAGAGUACGCGUGGGUACCGCCCGGCCUCAAGCCAGAACAGGUGUAUCAGUACUUUAGCUGUAUUCCUGAGGACCGUGUGCCCUACGUGAACAGUCCAGGGGAGAGGUAUCGCAUCAAACAACUGCUCCACCAGUUACCAGCCCAUGACAGUGAGCCCCAGUACUGUAACUCUCUGGAUGAGGAGGAGAAGAAGGAGCUGAGAGUCUUCAGCCAGCAGAGGAAGAGAGAGAACCUGGGCAGAGGCAACGUCCGGCUGUUCCCCGUCACCAUGACCGGGGCCAUCUGCCAACAGUGUGGUAGGCAGAUCCGCGGCGGAGACAUAGCCGUGUUUGCCACUCGUGCGGGGCACGGCACGUGUUGGCACCCACAGUGUUUCCAGUGUGCCACCUGCAGCGAGCUGCUGGUGGAUCUCAUCUACUUCUACCAGGACGGGCAGAUCUACUGCGGGCGCCACCACGCCGAGAGGAUCAAACCCAGAUGCCAAGCCUGCGACGAGAUCAUCCUGGCGGACGAGUGCACGGAGGCGGAGGGUCGUCACUGGCACAUGAAACACUUCUGCUGCUUUGAGUGCGAGGCGGCUCUGGGGGGGCAGCGCUACAUCAUGAGGGAGAGUCGGCCAUACUGCUGCUCCUGCUACGAGGCUCUGUACGCAGAAUACUGCGACACCUGCGGCGAACACAUCGGUAUAGACCAGGGCCAGAUGACGUAUGAGGGGCAGCACUGGCAUGCCUCGGAGGCCUGUUUCUGCUGUGCCCGCUGCCAUCUGCCCCUGCUGGGGCGUCCCUUCCUGCCCAAGGGGGGGCUGAUCUUCUGCUCGCGCCCCUGCUCCCUAGGGGAGGACCCCAACAACUCCGACUCCUGCGACUCGGCCCUGCAGGGCCACACGGGGCCCCAUAAAUCCCACAGCCACCACUCAUCACAGCAGCACUCCCCACACCAACAGCAGCAGCAGCAGCAGCAGCCACUGCAGCACAGUUCUCCUCUACGACCACAGGAGGGAGCCAAAAACAGCUCUGCUGCCAUUAUCAGCACCUCCAUACCAGUGGGGAACGGCCACUCUCACACGCCAGUAGAGAGCAGAGGUGUGUGCAUCCCUCCUUCUCACCUGUCCAACGGGCACUCCUCCUCUCACGGUCUCUCAGUCUCAUGCCAUUCAGACACCCAGUCACCCUCCCCUCUCCCUCAUCUGUCCAAUGGCUGGGGAACCUCUUUGCCCAGCAGCCAAUCAUUUGAGAGCUUGCGCCCAGGAAGUGGUUGGGUCGAGUACCCAAACAGCUACACCGAGACAAAUGGCUACCGUGAAUAUGAAGCCCCUCCCAGUUAUGUUUCAAGGGGCACUUCAACUGCAAAGGAUUGUGGGAAAGGGGUUGAUAAAAGCAUUAAAGCAUACCCUCCACCCCGGUACCCCUCUCCAGUGUUGGCGGAUGCCCUGAGCGCCUCUGAGCCCUUUCCACCCCCUCCUCCUGCCCUUCUCCUAAACGGGCCUUGUGAUUCGCCAGCCCUGACCCCAGCCACGCCCCCUCCACCAGAGCCACGCCCCUCCGCUCCUGUGCCUCAAUCAGGGCGCAGCGGUGCACGGGUGAGCUUCCGGGAGCCAAUCAGCUGCAGUUAUUCUGUGGAGAUGGAAGAGGAUGAGGAAGAGGAGGAGGUGAGAGGAGAGGGAGAGGAGGAAGAGGAUGAGAGGGAGGAAGAGGAGGCCAUGGGAGGGUUUGGCAGGAGGCUCCAUUUCCAUAAGGGAAUCCCACCUCACAUGGACCUGCUGGACGGCUCGUACCACUGCAGCAUGCGUAGGGGCACUCAUAGCCGCGGGCGCGUACCAUCUGAAUCCCCCCUCCACCUGGGCACGGAGCGGCGCUUCCGACGCUCCCGCUCUGACCGGCCACGACUGGAUUCGCUGGAGUGGCGCGGGGGCGAACGGCUCUCUGCAUCAGGGUCAGAGGUCAGUGGGGCGAUGGCUGGCACCUCCAUGGAGAGCCCCGACCGGCCGGGCAACCCCCUCACCCUCCAAGCCGCCCACUAUCGGCACGAAGACUCCUGCUCCACCUGCUCCUCGUCCUCCGACUCCGAGGAGGAGGGCUACUUCCUCGGCCAACCCAUCCCACUACCCCCUCAGCUGCGCCGUACGGGUCAGGGGGAGGGCGGCCAGGGAGGAGGAGAGGAAGAGGAGGAGGGAGCGGAGGAGGAAGAGGGAGCAGUGAAGGAGUGGGGAGGGCUGAGGGGAAGCCUGAGGAGGAGGAGGAGGACUCAAAGCCUUAGCGCCAAAGACAAAGACAAGAACUGCAUCCUCUCCUGAGCUGAGCAACUGGCGCUAGUGGUUUCUAGAAGCUUCUACCUCCAGAUACACACACACAAUACAAAUAAACUCUCCAGCCCAUCAUGCAAAUCAGAAUAAAAUGGUCAUUUGUCUUCCUGGUUUCAAAUGGCUUGGCAGAGACAGUGAAAUUUGUUUUACAAAUCUAAAGAGAACUCUCAGAUUUAACAGAGGAGAGAUGCUACUGCAGUCACUGUUGGGCAUUGACUGAACUUGAAGAAUGGACACACAUAUAUGAUAUACGUACACAAGGCUGUCCAUGCACUUCAAAAUAAAGGGACACAUAUGAAGCAGUUAGUUACUCUCUGAGCAUCAACUCAGAUUAUAUGCUGUACAGUAUAUUAAACACACACCUUCAGUGCUUCCACAUAAGUCUACGCUUGUCAAGGCACUUUUUUUGCACACAGGAUAGAGGGCUUGUGUUACCAUGGCGAUGGGAGAUACAUUUUGUCAAGUGAGAAUAACUUUGUAGUAACGCUGUCUGAGAAUAAGGAACAAACUACUUUUUUAUUAUUAUUUUUUCCUCGUCUGAAGAGCUUCCCUAACAAAACACUCAUUCUAAAACAGCACAUUUGGGAAAAGCCAUUGAAUCAAAGAAUUACAGUAUCUCAAGGUUCUGUUCUUUGUAUUACAAGUAGGUAUUUAGGUAUUGACAGGAGAUCUACACCUGACAGAAGACAGAAGAGCUUCAGUAGUUCCACAGGGUAGCCUGAUUCACACCCACUCACCAAGGGGACUACACUAAAGCACUUUUUGAUUAUCCAAACCAUGUUCAACACAUGUGACAAAGUAUAACUCGAGCAAUGCAUAACUCCAGACAAGUCCUCAUAGAGUCUUGGGGCAGAUGAAGUAAGCAGCAGUACUUAGGUGAUGAUGCCACCUCUUUAUCCUGUUUUAAGGUGCUUCAUGUCUUUCAGUGCUAGCUUAUAAUAAAGAGGACCAAAUAAUAGAAACAGGCCACACAUUCUGUUUGGAAAAUCCAUGUUGUCAGAUCUGAGAGCAUUUCCCGACACCGACAAGUUCUAUGAUCAAUAUCUCCAUCUUUCUAUGAUCAAUAUCUCCAUCUUUCUAUGAUCAAUAGCUCCAUCUGUUCCUGUCCUCACAUUCACUCUUUCAGCCAGUAACCUUCAAGCACAGAGAAGGAUUGACUGCCUUGACCAUGGCACCACUCAGCGUUUUGUGUGUGUGAGGCGCGUGGACAGAGUGCAGCAACCCAGCCCAGCCCAAGUGCAUUAUACUACUGAGGCGAGGCUCAGGAGAUGGCGUGGUGUGUGUAUGUGUGAUGGGGUGGGGUUGGGGGGGCUUAGUCCAGGAAUGCAGCCCACAGCCUUCUCGAACUCCCGACUGGUGCUCAUAUUGACCCUUUCAACAAGGUAAACAAAAACAAUGCUUGAACAUUCUAUUUGGGCCCCAAUCUACUUCCUCUGCAUUAAGAUAACAUAUGGAAUGUUAAAAAGGAAGUCUUGUGGGGCCAACUAUGAUGCUGAUAAUGGAACUCUCUUGAAAGGGUCCAUAGCAGCAGCACCAGAGGCAGUGUCCAGCUGUUGCAUUGGCCCCAGGAGAGGGCGUGAAAAUCACCCAUGAUGCUUUUAUGAGCAGUUGUUUUUUAGUGUGUGUGUCUCCAUUUUAUAGUCUUCCUGAGUGAGAGAGAGAGUGUGUGUGUCUGUGUGUGAUCAAAAAUGUUAUGGUGAAAAUAUGAACUUCAUCGUUUUCCGUGUGUGUGCAUAGAUGAGCUGCGAGUCUCCAGGGGACGACUCCUGGCUCUAAAGCAUAUUUUUAUAUACUCUCUUGGGUGCUCUUUGGGCUCUGCUUUUAUACGCUUUAUAUGUGGUCAUAUUUGUGUUUAGACUUCACAAGAGGAUUUUUUUAGGAAAUCAAACUUUGUUUUCCAGACAUUGUGAGCAAAAAAUGAAAAAGUUUAUUUCAUGUGUGACGUCUGAAGCCAGAGGAAAUA